AUGUUCUCAACAGCCAACACAGAACAGGUCAAGGCCGCCACAGCAGAUCUCCAAAAGAACUACUACUCCAAGCCAGAGUCGCUCAUCUUGCUCAUCGAGAUUGCCCUCACCCACAAAGAUGGUACCGUCCGACAGCUUGCCGCCGUUCAGGCUCUGCGACUAGCCCCUAGACAUUGGGCCAGCACUGCUGAGGACAAGAAACCUUUGGCACGUUCCCACUUGCUUGAGGGCGCUCUGAAGGAGGACUCUGCCACUACUCGCCACGCCCUCUCCCGUCUCGUCGCCGGCAUUGUCGGCCUUGAUUUGGAGAAUGGCGACGCUGAGGAGUUCCUCAAGCAGCUCCUGCCUCUCAACAACAGCGACAAUGUUCAGUCGAGAGAAGUGGGCUCUUUCAUCCUCUUCUCCAUGCUGGAGGAUAGUCCCGAGCACUUCGAAGAACACACCCAUCAGCUGCUCCAGCUCUUCCAGUCUCGCAUUGAGGACCCCGAGAGCAAGGAAGUUCGCAUCAACAUCGUCCAGGCUAUUGGUGUCAUAUUGAUGAAUAUUGAACCCGAGGAAGACCCUCAGUCGCUCAAGGCUGUUCAAGGCUUCAUCCCCAACAUUGUCAACAUUCUGAAGGCUGCUGUUGAGGCUGGAGAUGAGGAGAGCUACCAGACCAUCUUCGAGGUCUUCCACUCAUACUUGGCCUGUGACCCCAGCUUCCUGGCCGCCCACCUUCGGGACCUCCUUCAGUUCAUGAUCAACCUCGGCGCCAACACAAACGCAGAGGAUGACGCUCGUACGCAGGCCCUCAGCCUGCUCAUCCAGUGUGUGCGAUAUCGCCGAAUGAAGAUUCAGGGCAUGAAAGAGGUUGCCGCCGAGCUCAUGAUCAAGGCCAUGCAGAUCAUCACCGAGCUCGAUGAUGACGAUGAGGAUGAGGACAUGACUCCUGCCCGCACCGCCAUUAGCCUGGUCAACACUCUUGCUAGCGAACUCCCGCCUCGCCUGGUCGCUGUGCCUAUGCUUGAUCAGUUCCCCGCCUUUGCUGCUCACUCUGAGUCGGGCUACCGUAUGUCUGCCAUGCUCUCUCUUGGAAACGCUGCUGAGGGUGCACCCGAAUUCAUAUCCACUCAACUCCAGCCUCUCCUGCCCACAGUGAUCAACUUGCUGUGCGAUUCUGAUAUUCGUGUCCGACAUGCUGCCCUCGUUGGUCUCAUCCACUUGGCUGAGGAAAUGGCUGAUGAGAUGUCUUCUCACCACGAGCAAAUUAUUUCUGCCGUCUUGAAGAAUCUCGAGUCCGCUUCGCAGGGCACCACUGAUAAGAAGAAUAUCAGCAUUGUUCGUUGUGCCUGUGGUGCUCUCGACACUUUCGGCGAUGGCAUUGACACCAAGAUCAUGGCCCAGUAUGGUCCUAAUCUGAUUGGACCCAUGAUCAAGCUUCUGGACCAUGAGGACUAUGGCGUCAAGGCUGCGGCUGCCUCUGCCGUUGGAGCCAUUGCAUCCUCAAUGGACAAGGAGUUCCAACCUUUCUUCGACGGCGCCAUGAAGGCUCUGGGACGUUUCGUCAUGCUCAAGGACUCCGACGAGGCCAUGGACCUCCGCAGUGCCACAUGUGACAGUUUAGGGCGAAUUGCCAUUGCUGUCGGCCCUCAGGCCUUCCAGCCAUAUGUUGUGGACUUGAUGAAGGCAAGCGAGGAGGCUCUACACCUCGAUAACCCUCGCCUGAAGGAGACCAGCUUUAUCCUGUGGUCGAAUCUGUCCAAGGUCUAUGGUACCGAUUUCGACCACUUCCUUGAGGGUGUCUUCAAGGGCCUUUUUGCUUCUCUCGAGCUCGAGGAAGAGGAAAUUGACCUGCCCGGAGUUGACCCUAGCCAGCUAGCUGAGGGUGCCAUUAUCGGUGGCAAGCGUGUCAAGGUCAAGGCUCCUAGCUCCGAGGAAGAUCACAUCAUCGCCACCGGUGGCGAGGAUGACUGGGAGGAUCUGGAUGACUUUGCCGGUCUCGAGGAUUUCGGUGCCGUCACUGCUGUUGCCCUCGAGCAGGAGAUCGCUAUUGAUACCCUUGGCGACGUGAUUUCGAACUCUUGCAACACAAACCACCUGGAGAGCUAUGUCGAGAAGUCGAUUGAGCAGAUCAUUCCUUUUGCUGACCAUACCUACGAGGGGUGCCGUAAAAACGCCAUCUCCACCCUUUGGCGCAUUUAUAGCCGGGUGUUCCAAGUCUGGGAAGAGAGCUCUGGCUCAAAAUGGCAGCCGGGUAUGCCUCCUACCCCUGCUCCUCCCGCGUCCAUUGCCAAGAUUGGCGAGGCUCUGCAUAAGGCUACCAUGGAUAUCUGGACCAGCGACAGCGACCGAUCCGUAAUCACCGAGAUCAACCGAAACGUCGCUGCCACUUUGAAGGCUUGCGGCCCUGCUGUUCUCGUGGCCAAGCCCGACAUGCUCCAGGAGCUCGUCUCCGUCGUUAGCUCCAUCGUCACACGCUCGCACCCCUGCCAGCAAGAUCUCGGUGCUGAGGAUGAGGAGCAAGAGAUUGAUGCCGGCUCUUCUGAGUAUGACUGGCUGGUCGUCGACACCGCCUUGGAUGUGGUCUCUGGCCUGGCCGCCGCUCUGGGAACUCAGUUCGGCGAACUAUGGAAGAUCUUUGAGAAGCCUGUCCUCAGGCUAGUUAGCUCGACUGAGGAUGUGCACCGAGCAACUGCUGUUGGCACUAUUGCUGAGGUCGCAAAGUACUCUGGCGAGGCCAUUACUGAAUUCACCGAGUCUCUGACUCAAGCUUUGGUCCGCCGCCUCUCAGACCACGACCAACUCACCAAGUCCAACGCCGCCUAUGCCCUUGGCCUCCUCAUCCUCAACUCAAACGACACUGUCAAGACCAUCCCUCUCUACCCUCAACUCUAUGAAAAGCUUGAGCCCAUGCUGUCCGUGCACGAGAUGCGCAUCACCGACAACGUCGCCGGAUGCCUGUGCCGCAUGAUGAUGAAGCACCCCGACAACGGAUUCGUGGCGCAGGCCCUGCCCGCCAUUGUCCAAGUCCUCCCCCUAACUGAAGAUUAUGAGGAGAACGAACCCAUCUUCCAAUGCAUCUACAAGCUGUACGAACAAUCCAACCCUACUGUGCAGCAGCUGACACCCCAACUGGUCGGCAUCUUUGAGAAGGUCCUGGGAGAGCCUGAGGAGCAGUUGGAGCAAGAUACCCGACAGAUGGUGCAGCGUAUGGUGCAGACCUUGCGACAGUAA